GUUCUUGACAAAAAGGUUUAGCUAAUUGAGAACAAUUUGAUUCUCUUGUUGAUUUAGAUUAAUAUUCAUUUUGUGUUUUAAUUAAUUUAAAUUGAAUUUUAAUUUUGUUUCUUUCAUCAGUUGAUUUACAUGAUGAGUCUAACAAUGAACCGAUUAAUUGUUAAAAAUGGAAAACAAUUCCUCUCUCUUACUUCAUCUUCUCAUCUACCGGGUCAGAGAAUCACCAACACAGCUAAUAAUCAAGCUGCUUCGGCUGCUGCUGCUGUAAAGGAAUCAACUGAAGAUUCAGUUGAUGUGAAGAUUAAAAAGUUCAUGGUUUAUCGUUGGAAUCCUGAAACUCCUGAAGUUAAACCUUACAUGCAAACAUAUGAUGUUGACUUAAAUUCUUGUGGACCUAUGGUACUUGAUGCUCUCAUUAAAAUCAAAAAUGAAUUGGAUCCAACCUUGACUUUCAGACGCUCUUGUCGAGAAGGUAUCUGUGGUUCCUGUGCUAUGAAUAUCGGAGGUGGUAAUACACUUGCUUGCAUCAGUAAAAUCGACUCCAAUCUUGAUAAACCAAUGAAAAUCUAUCCUUUACCUCACAUGUAUGUGGUCAAAGAUCUGGUUCCAGAUAUGAAUCAUUUCUAUGAACAGUAUCGAUCAAUUCAACCCUGGUUACAGAAAAAGGAUGAAUCUGGUUUUGGAAAGAAACAAAAUUUACAAAGUAUCGAUGAUCGUAAGAAACUUGAUGGACUUUAUGAGUGUAUAUUGUGCGCCUGUUGUUCAACCUCAUGUCCAAGUUAUUGGUGGAAUAGUGACCGUUACCUUGGACCCGCUGUUCUCAUGCAAGCCUAUCGUUGGAUAAUCGAUUCGAGAGAUGAAUCAACAGAGAAACGAUUAGAUAAACUUAGAGAUCCAUUCUCAGUUUAUCGAUGUCACACAAUUAUGAACUGUUCACGAACAUGUCCAAAGAAUUUAAAUCCAGGACAAGCAAUCGGCGAAUUAAAGAAACUUCUAGCUGGAUGGUCAAAAAAGGGAGAACCACAAUUAUCAGGACAAGCUUAAUUAACUUUUUAAUUCACUCUCAGAACUCUUUCUCUCUCUUUCAAAAGAUUUAAUUUAAUUCAUUCAUCUUUUUAAAUCCAUUAGGGAGAAAUUAAAAGAAAAUCGGAUAUUUGGUCUCGGUUAAAACACGAAUAAUAUACAUACAUACAAAACAUACACACACACACACAAAUCGUAAUAUAUACAAUUAAUUAAUAAUGAAAAAUAUUAAUUCUCUUAAGGUUAAUUGUAUAAAGUAUUCACAAGAACUAAAAAAAGUAAUCUGUAAAUUCAAUUCAGAGAGUGAGAAAAAUCUGGAGAAUUAAAUUUAACUCUGCAAUAAGUUAA